GCACUAGCUAGCUCUAGCUUCGCCAUUGCAUUCGCUUACUGGGAGUACGUCUGGUACUUGCACAACUAGCUAUAUAUAUCAUGGCGCCCUACAUUGUCGUCAACAAAACCGUGAUCGCAUUCACAGCGGUGGCCCUGACGAUUCUUGCUGUGAAAACCAUGAUGGCCGAGGCCCGAGACCUGUCGUCCACCUCCACCGGUGGCUAUGGCGAGGAAGCCAUGAAAGUGAGGCAUCAGCAGUGGAUGGCGGAGCACGGCCGCACCUACAGGGACGAGGCUGAGAAGGCGCACCGGUUCCAGGUAUUCAAGGCGAACGCCGAUUUUGUUGACGCGUCCAAUGCCGCAGGUGACGACAAGAAGAGCUAUCGGAUGGAGCUCAACGAGUUCGCCGACAUGACCAACGACGAGUUCAUGGCCAUGUACACUGGCUUGAGACCAGUCCCGGCAGGGGCAAAGAAGAUGGCCGGUUUCAAGUACGGGAACGUGACUCUUUCAGACGCCGACGACAACCAGCAGACGGUUGACUGGAGGCAGAAAGGCGCGGUCACCGGUAUCAAGAACCAGGGCCAGUGUGGUUGUUGCUGGGCCUUCGCUGCGGUGGCGGCCGUGGAGGGCAUCCACCAGAUUACGACGGGCAACUUGGUGUCGUUAUCGGAGCAGCAGGUGCUGGACUGCGACACCGAGGGGAACAACGGCUGCAACGGCGGCUACAUCGACAAUGCCUUCCAAUACAUCGCCGGCAACGGCGGCCUCGCCACCGAGGACGCCUACCCGUACACCGCCGCGCAGGCCAUGUGCCAGUCCGUGCAGCCGGUGGCCGCCAUCAGCGGCUACCAGGACGUGCCGAGCGGCGACGAGGCAGCGCUCGCCGCGGCCGUCGCCAACCAGCCGGUGUCGGUUGCCAUCGACGCACAUAACUUCCAGCUCUACGGUGGCGGGGUGAUGACCGCGGCCAGCUGCAGCACGCCGCCGAACCUGAACCACGCCGUCACGGCGGUAGGCUACGGCACGGCGGAGGAUGGGACCCCGUACUGGCUGCUCAAGAACCAGUGGGGCCAGAACUGGGGAGAGGGAGGAUACCUCAGGCUCGAGAGAGGCGCAAACGCCUGUGGUGUCGCCCAGCAAGCCUCCUACCCGGUCGCAUGAUGAAUACGUAAGGGUCGAAAAGAAAACAUAUAUUCUACACACACGAAGGCAUGCAUAAGAAUGACUACUAAGGAAUAAAGCAUGCAAACACAUUGACAGAAUGACAGUACAUACAUGCAUAGCGUAAAAUUGAAUCACAAUUGUCAUGUACAACACUCAAGAUAUCAUUUAUUUCUAUUUGGCCUUCUUUUCAAAGAUCGCUAUUAUAUAUAUACAUGUAAGGUAACAAGAUUUUAU